GCUGCUCCUCUCGCCCACGCCCGAGACCGAGAGGCCGCGCCGGCGCACCCAAAUAAACCCGAGGAGUGCCUACCUGGCCUGGGCGCCUGGUUGAGCGGUAAACAAAUCCGUGGGCGUCCUGCGGCUGCGAUUAGAAUAGAGUAGAAUUCAUCAGCGGGUCGCCGUCGCCAUUGGCGCGGUGCGUGUGCGAGCCCGAGCCGUGCGAAGCAGGUGAGGCGAGGGGACAGACGGGACACGGGAGCGAAGCAAAGCGAAGGAAGGAGUUUCCAGUGAGCGCGGAUCGCGGAGGCGGUUUAUAUAGCCGGAGGGCGCGCGCUCCGGUCCGCUAACGUCCUGCAGGGAGGGAAGGGCAGGAUUAGGCAGGGCAGCGCCGCGCCGGCCGGACCGCCCGCCCGCCCGCCCGUCCACGAGCCACGGACUUUCGGCCAUGGGGGACGCUGGCGCUGACGCCUCCUCCUCGCCGCCGCCGCCGUCCGGGUCCUUCUCCUACUUCGCCGUCUUCCGCAACUACCCCCUCGUCGCCGCCCUGCUCGGCUUCGCCGUCGCCCAGUCCAUCAAGUUCUUCGUCACACGGUACAAGGAGAACAGAUGGGAUCCCAAGCGGCUUAUCGGCUCGGGUGGCAUGCCGUCAUCACAUUCCGCCACGGUUACAGCACUAGCAGUAGCAAUUGGAUUCCAGGAUGGCUUUAGCUGCUCCCUCUUUGCAACAGCAACUAUAUUUGCAAGCGUGGUAAUGUAUGAUGCUUCUGGUAUCAGACUGCAUGCUGGAAAGCAAGCAGAGGUAUUGAAUCAAAUAGUUUGUGAACUUCCUUCUGAACACCCCUUGUCUGAGACAAGACCACUGCGAGAACUUUUAGGCCAUACACCAACUCAGGUGGUUGCUGGUGCAUUGCUUGGGUGUACAAUAGCCACAGCAGGACAAUUAUUCCUUUGAACUACGAAGGUGCGGCAGAAAUGUUGUAGCAUUUGUAUCGCAGGGACUUGAGAAGAAGUUUCUCCAGUGUUCUGCUACUUUAGGUAUUGGUAAGAUUUGCAUGUUGGUGCUGUAGUGUUGUUGAAUGUUGUAUGUUCUGAUGGAAUGUGGUUAUAUGUCAAAAAGGUGACGUUCACAGGAUUGCUGUACAGAACAUUGUUCAUGGUUAUGAUUGAUGAAAUCUAAAAUGUGAUUGAAACAGCUGC